UUGUGCCACACCCAUUCUUGAGUUAAGGUUGCUAAAGUAAAAGAUCAAGAUGGAUAGUCGUAUAAAGACACCAAAAGUCGAGCGUGUAUUGCUCUACCAGCGCCACAGGAGAAGAGAGUAUGUGACUGGGACGCUGUGUCUCACUGACCGUCACCUCAUUUUUAUUGAACCAACUGGUCUAAUGGAGACAUGGGUAUUAUAUCAUCACAUACACUCAGUAGAGAGGCAGUCCCUCACUACCAAAGGCUAUCCUCUUGUUAUCGAGACAAAGACAUUCCGUCAGUUAUUCAUGAUAAUACCACGAGAGUCUGACUGUCACGAUAUCAUGGACACCAUAGCCUCUUUCUCUCGCCCUGAUACAUACAGAGAAUUAUAUGCGUUUCAGUUCACUCCUAGUAGUGAUGGCUUUGUGAAGAGCUCUGGUUGGAAUCUUUAUGAUUCAGUAGUGGAGUAUGGUAGGAUGGGUGUGCCCAAUGAGCACUGGGUCUGCACUGAGCUUAAUAAAGACUAUGAAUUGUGUGAGACGUACAGUAAUACCUUGUUUGUGCCUGCUAAAGCAGAGAAAUCAGUCGUGCUGGGAAGUGCCAAGUUCAGGAGUAAAGGACGACUACCAGUUUUAUCCUAUUACUGUCAAGCAAAGAAUAGUGCUCUCUGUAGGUCUAGUCAGCCUCUGACGUACAUCACUCGAAGGUCACAGGAAGAUGAGGCAAUGAUCCAAGCAAUCAUUGAUGCCAAUCCAAACUCAUCAUCCCUUCACUUACUAGACUCAAGACCCAAAAUUAAUGCAGUUGCCAAUAAGGCAGCACAUAAAGGUGGCUAUGAGACCACUGAUAACUAUCCAAAUAUUGUUUAUCAGUUUAAUAACAUACAGAACAUCCAUGUGAUGAGAGAGAGCCUACAAAAGCUACUGGAAGCUUUACACUCACCUGCUGGUGUGAGUAGUGUACUGCAAGGACUGGAUGCUUCUUCGUGGCUGAGACACAUACACUUAGUAUUGGAGGCUGGGGCAUUUAUUGCAAAGGCUCUAUACACUGAAGGGAUUAAUGUAUUAGUUCAUUGCUCUGAUGGCUGGGAUAGGACAGCCCAAACCUGCUCUCUGGCCUCACUAAUGAUCGAUAAAUACUACAGGACUAUUCAUGGCUUUAUGAUUCUUAUCGAGAAGGAGUGGCUUUCAUUCGGACACAAGUUCACUAUAAGGAGUGGCCACAUUAACAGUGAUAGUAAAGAAGUCUCACCAAUUUUUACGCAAUUCUUAGAUGCUGUCUGGCAGAUUAUGGUUCAGUUUCCCAAAAGUUUUGAGUUUAAUGAAUUAUUUUUAUUAACAAUUCACGAUCAUCUCUUCUCCUGCCAGUUUGGGACUUUCCUUGGAAACAACGAAAGAGACAGGAAAAUAAACAAGUUUAGUGAGAAGACUUAUUCCCUGUGGGGGUACAUAUGGUCACGGUUGGAUGAUUUUACUAAUCCUCUUUUUGAUAACGACACAGAGAAUUACAUAAUGCCCAAAACUGAAGUAUCAAUAUUGAGUUUGUGGAGAGGUCUCUAUUGUUGCUAUGAGACGGGACCACACCCACAGGAACUAAUGGAGGAAGUGGCUGGCAGCCUCAGGCAGCAAAAUGUCUGCAUUCAGGACCACAUUAAAUACUUGGAACAACACAGAGAUUCUUUAGAAAAGCAGAUCAAAGAGUAUCAAGAGUGUCUCUCUUUGUGUUCAAGCACAACUUCCACUUCAGAGGAUGUCUUUACUGACGAAUCAAAAGAUCCUUCAUCCAGUGAGCCUGAUGGAAGGGCUCCUUUAAAGGGCUGCAAUGAGAAAUUACGACUUGAGUCUCUUAAUCUUCGCUCGUUAUUGCUACAUGUACCCGAAAUAAAUCUACCCUGGACUCCGUUGAGAGUGGCGUCACAGUGUGGGUGUGGCUCUGCUUUUACCUUCUCAAAGAGAAAGUAUCAUUGCAGUUAUUGUGGUACUGUGGUCUGUAGUACUUGUGGUAGCUAUCAUGCUCCGUUGCGCUAUCUGGCAACAUCAACCACAUCACACAGAGUCUGCAAAUCAUGUUCAAAGAUGAGCAAUAUAAGCGACCAACAGAUUUUAGAAAGAUGAGAAGAAGCAAGUGCUGAUGACACACAAGCAACUCAUAUGACUUGAACAAUACACAGACAAAAAUAAAACACAAAAAUACAUUUAAUACACAGAAAAAUAGAGUGAAAAGAAGAGAGAGAGAGAGGGGGGGGGGUGAGGAUAAUAAACAAGGAAGAAGUAUUGAGAAACUAAUACAUAAUUUAUAUAAUAAUAAUAAUAAUAAUAUAUAGUUAGUUGCUGUUAGAACAAAUGUAAAAAAUGUACCCGACACUUAAACAAUUGAA